AUGGAUCGCAUCUUCUAUCGUACAGAUUCAGUAGAUCCCGUGUCCAACCUGCCAAUCUAUAUCUUUGACACCUCAUACUUGCCUUCGACAGAUGUAAUCAGCUAUGAUGCGUUUAUCCCCACUUUAAUCAGUCUUCUUCCCCAGGAACGGUAUGUCCUUGUCAUGUUUUCCUGUGGACUCAAUAAGAUCUCAUGGGUAUGGGGCAUCAAGUUCUUGAAAGCGUUCCUUGCUGAGAAUAACAAUGUGGAGAAUGUGGUGAAAAUCAUCUCAGUACAUGAUUCAUGGUUCAUCAAGUCAAUCACAGAUAUCUUGACCAAUUACAAUUUCACGAAAAAGAAUAUAGCUUCUUUGAAUAGACUUUUUGAUUCUUUUGUGAUAAACAGUAACCAGCCUGACGAUAGCCCCUCAGAUGACUUCAACAAGAAUACCAUCAUCCGUUGCAACAGCUUAUCGCAACUCAGCAACUACGUAGAUAUCCGUCGUUUAAAGAUUUCUUUGAACGUUUAUAAGCACGAUCUAGAAGUGGAAAAUGAUAUCCAGCUCUCGAUAAGGUUUAUCCCUUUGUUGAACCCGUAUACAAGAAUAGAUAGGAGCUCACAUCCUUUAUUUUUCCACCACUUUUACCAAGUGUUUAAUAUCAUCAAUGCCAACGGAGAGAAAGUAGAGUUGUUGUUUCACAAACCAGGAAACAAAGCCAAUACCGAGAUCUUCUACAACUGUGUCAACAGGAACCAGUUAAUCUGGAUCAACGACUGGAACUUAUUCUGUAUUUCCACUGCCUUUAAGAAGUUCUUGCAUAACCUACCAUAUCCAAUGGUUCCUCUUGACAGUAUAGAAUUGCCGAUUAAGGACGAUUUCAAUUAUACAUUCACAACUUUUUCGAAAAUCAUUGCUGCUCAUGAAUAUAACGAAGAAACAACUAAUUACAGCAAUGUGUUGAUCCAAUUGUGUCGUCUCUGCCACGGUCUUAUAAAUGCCAACCAAGUCACAAAGCACACAUCAACUUCUUUGGCUAAAUGUAUGAGUCAUUGUCUCAGCCAUCAGUUGGUUUCAAAUUCAAGUAAAGAUGUAAUCAUCGUAGUAACGAGAUUUUUGAGAAACGUACUUGAGUUCUGGCCACAGAUUUCAACAGCCUAUAAGAAUUACCCAUCGAUAGAAGACAUUAUCAACGGUAAGGUUUGUCCUAUUGAUAAGCCGGAUGAUUCCUAUGACUUGAGUUAUGAUGUUACUUUAGAGGAAGACGACGAAAAUGACAAGAAGUUCAACAGCAUUGAAAUACUUGCCACCAAUAGACAAUCUAUCGCUGGUUCUGAAGGACCAGUAGACAAAUUGAUCACUCCUAGAACCAGCCCUCGCAGAAUCAAUCUUCCAGCUACGCCUAGCUCUCUAUCUCCUCAUAAACCAAGAAGUCCAGUUAGAAGUCCCAAACGGGAGAAAUUGUACUCACCUAACAAACCAGCCAAGUCAGUCAACUUCUCAAUGAGGGUUGCCAACAAACUCGCGGAUGUUUCUAAUAUUGGACUUCAGUUCCCUCCACAAAAGUAUAAAUUCAGUGCCAACGCAAGGAAGGAAAUAGACUCAACACCGGCAUUUUUGCAAGAUACGGAAGUAGUAGUUAAGAAGCCUGUGAUCAGAGGUAGAAAGGUGGGAGAACUUGCUAAGCUCUUUGAAGAACGAUCGCAAGCUUUGGAACUAUUGAAGGGAAUGUAA